AUGGCUCAAGAUCCUCGAGCUCUCCUCCAAAAGGCUCAGAAGCAGCUUCAGAGCGCUGGUGGCGGCUUCAGCUUCUUUGGUGGACGAGAAGACAAGUAUCAAGAGGCCGCCGACCUCUUUAUCCAGGCUGGCAAUGCCUUCAAGAUGCAACAACAGAAUCUUGAGGCCGGAAAGGCUUUUGAACAGGCCGCGCAAGUCCAGACCGACAAGCUCAAGGAGCCCGAUGAUGCCGCCAACACCCUCGUCGAUGCCUUCAAGGCCUACCGCAAAGACGAUCCCCAGGCUGCUGCGAAAUGCCUGAACGUGGCCGUCGACCGAUAUUGCGCUAAGGGUAACUUCCGACGUGCGGCUUCUCACAAGGAAAACCUCGGCGAGUUGUACGAGGUGGAUCUUGGGGAUGCUAAGAGCGCGAUUGAAAGCUACGAACUUGCUGCCACCUGGUACGAGGGCGAUAAUGCGGCAGCCCUAGCCAACAAACUGUGGCUCAAGGUCGCCGACGUGGCUGCCAUCGAGAGCGACUACUACAAGGCUAUCGAGAAAUACGAGAAGGUGGCCGAGCAGUCCAUCAACAACAACCUUAUGAAAUACAGCGUCAAGGACUAUCUCCUCAAGGCUGGCAUUUGCCACCUUGCCAGCGGCGACCUGGUAGCUGCGCAGCGGGCCCUUGAAAAGUACCGUGACAUGGAUCCUUCGUUUGGCGCUCAGCGAGAGCACCAGCUCCUGACUGACCUGUGCGAGGCCAUCGAGGCCAAGAGCCAGGAGCAGUUCACCGAUAGACUGUACCAGUUCGACCAGAUCAGCAAGUUGGACAAGUGGAAGACAACGAUCUUGGUUCGUGUCAAGAACCAGAUUGAGGAGGCGGACGAUGAGUUUGCGUAG